UAUAUUUCGGUAUAUUUCUGAGGGUCGUAAGUCCCCGGUCACACUGCAUGAAAUACAAUUUUGAUGGAAAUUUCUAUAAACGUCUUUGUUUUUUUGCUGUACACUCUAAUCGUGAUUUAUCUGCAGCACUUUGUUAACAAGUACACCGAGUUUGUGCGCAGCCUCUAAAUGUUGGGCCUGCAAUCCUACGCCAGCUCCUCCGAAGGGGACUCCGACCAUGAGGACGCUACCGCCACCGCUGCCGAUGGGGCAGCAGCAUCAGUUCCUGCUCAUUUGAUGCCCAUAGACAAGACACAUUCGGUGUCCUCUGCCAUAGCGAUAUGUGCAGCACCCGUUGUCGUGCCCAUUGGAGCGUCUGCAGUUCCGCGCACCUUGGAUCCAACACUCAAGGAGGUAACAUACAAUCCCCGCUACGACGAAAUGUACGCGCCUGUAAAGGGUCCCGACCAUCCGGACCUGACCAUGCAACAGCGAGCGCCAAGAAACACUCUGGCUGGAUACGUGGAAAAGGCGCACAUCAAUGCUUUUGAGUUUGAGAACCAGC